GCGUGUAUUUGGAUGAUCUCACGAAAAACAUGGGCGACGGAAGGAAAUGAACCGUGCUGAUUUUGGAGUUUCAUAACAUGAUUCACAAGCGAUGGCAACUUAGAAUGGUGUGAAUUUCCACCAGCCCCAAACAGAAUACAGUGGAAGAGAAUGAUAAACAGGACGUGAUGGCAGAGUCGGAGGAAUACAGCUCCCAGCUGCGAGAUGUGUUUGACAUGUUCGACAAGACGGGCGAGGGCGCCCCCUGGGACGAGAGGCCCUACUGGAGCUGUGCAAGGGCCUGCAGCUGGAGGAGUACUCAGACCUACUCCUGGACAAGGUGCUUGAGAACAAGAAAAAGGUGCAGUUUGAUGACUUCAAGGAAGCUUUUGUGGGUAUUCUGCAGGAUGUGGCACCGCUGAACAUCGACGAAGACAAAAAAAACGAUGUCAGUGUCACACCUAAGUAUGUGCUGGGUGGCAAGACAUACGGACGUCGUUCCAAGCCGGAUGUCUUCAACGGUGGUCAGUUGGAUCAACUAACAAUUGAGGAUAAAGAAUUGCUGGACAUUGAAACUGCAGCCUCCACUGGCCGUCUCGGCUUCAAACAAGGAGGACGGAUUAUCUCCCCUGGAUCAGAGAAUGAGGACAAUGAGUUCCACAUCAAAAGAAGACGGAAAGAUGCCCCUCGGUCCCGUGGGGUUCAGGAUGAGACCUUUGAGGCUGAAGGUCAGAUGAACCAGACGAUGACUGACGCAGACGUGGAGUCAGGUGAGGACAAGCUGCUGGAGGUGUGGCGGACACUCGGGGUCGGACAAGAUGGUUACCUCACACUGUCUGAGCUUCGCACUGUCUGCAACUACAUCGAGAUGGAGAUGGAUGAAGAGGAGGUCUGGAAGCUCUUCAAGAAGCUUGAUAAUGACAAUGAUGGCCGAGUCAGCUUUGAAGAACUACUGAAAAGUUUCAGCCAGAGCUCCAGCGCCCGAUCACUGACCCCUUCCCCACGGCCAUCAAGGAGCAUCCAGCAGUCCCAGAGGCCUGUAAGCACUCCCACAAUCCGAUCUUUGUCCGCUCAGCGGAAACUGCGACUUGGUUCCACUCCUGCCGAGCGGAGUGUUACUCCACUGGUCCUGACAAGCGGGGAAGUGACAGGUCUCUUCACAGCCCUGGACCCAUGGCACUCCGGAUUUGCCCAACCAGAAGAUGUCAUAGAUCUCUGGGAGAAGCACAACAUCAUGAAUGGAGCAGAUAUUCUCACGGCCCUUGACUUUGACCAUGACACCAAGCUGAAUCUCUCUGAGCUGUCGUAUGCGUUGGAGCAGGCUUUAGCCAAUGAGAAUCUGGACAAUGUCUCCCAUGCUGCACUGGUCUCGUGCCAACAGGAACUGAGACAUCUCAGGUCCUGUGUGGAUGCGUUGACGAGUGAACGGGACAAGUUGAAGCUAGAUCUGCAGGAGUCGAAUGCCCGAGCCGCACUACUGGCCAAGGAGGUUGACGAGAGGCACGCACACAUGGAGAAGUCAAAUGAGUCCAAGUUGUUUGACAUAAUCUGUGCCAUUAAAGACACCUACAUAACAAUAGAGAAGAAGUAUCAGGACCAGAUCCGCAGCCUCCAGGGGGCGCUGGAGUCCGAGCGUGAGACCCACUCGGCCCACUCUGCUAAGCUGCGGCAGAACCUGGAGACAGAGAUGGAGGGACUGAGACAACAGGAGACCAAACUGAAGGAGAACCUGGCUCUGGCACAGGAGGAGGUGGACCGUCUGCAGCUAGAGUGUGCCAGGUCAUGUGAGAACAUUGAUGACGUUCACAGACACAACAUACGCUUGCAGAAGGAGCUUGGCAAUCUCGAUGAUCUCCGCAGGAAGCUGACAGAGUACGAGCAGACGCCAGAUAUGAGUGAGGAGAGACAGCACUAUCUCGGCAAAAUCAGCUGGCUGGAGCAAAUCAACAAGGAUCUGAAAGAUAAAGUGGAUGAACUAACAGCAGAACUAGAGAAUCUCAAACAGCAGUUGGCCUCGUGUACACGCAAACUGCGGGGCAGCUCCAGCUCUCAGUCCAAGAUUCCCAUCCGAGAGGGCAGCCAGCUGACAGACCCCACCAGGAGGAAGUCAUCCCUGGCAUCCAUGUCCUCCACAGAAGCAGAGGUGGAAGAUCUGGACAAUUCAAAGACAAAAGUAAGAAGAUCAAAACUAGCUAAAAGAAAACCACCUGGAAGGUCCUCAUUAGAAGAUGAUAGUGGCAGUGAGCACAGCCUGUCCAAUUCCCAGAAGCUGGACCUGCUGGAGAAGGACCACCAGCAAAUUGAGCACUCCUUCAGGCUGGAGGUGGCCCAGCUGGAGGACAGCCACCAGGCUGAGAAGGAAAGAAUCAUGGCCAAUUUUGAGAAAGAAAAGGAGAAGCUGAGGGCAGAGUUUGAGCGGAGUCAACAGGAGCAGCUAGCAGAGCAGCAGAAGGAGCUACUGAAUGUCUUCACCUUGGAGAAACAGGACCUUCUCCAGAAGUAUGAGUCCAAGAAGAACCUGCUGAACCAGGAACAUGACCAGGAGAAGGAGGAACUGCUCAACAGGUUAAAGGAAGAGUAUGAAAAGGACCUUGAGUUACGUCUUGGUAAAAUCAAAGAUAAUUAUGACAAGGAGAUAUCGAGAUUGGAAGAAAAUCGUGGAAUAGAUCGCACUGGUAUUCGUGACCUUGAGAAGAUGUGUACUGACCUUGAAAUGCGACUGAAGACUGAACGUGAUGAGGCUGAGGCUCUGAGGGAGAAGGACUACGAGAAGCAUGAGGAGGAGAAGGAACAAAUGAGAAAGGCUCAGGUUCGGGACCGGGAGAAGCUUACCCACCGCUUGCAAGCAGAAUACCAGGAGAGACUUAAUCAGGAAUUGGGGAAGUCCCGUGGUGAUCAUGCAAAGGAGACUUCAACUCUGCUGAGUACAUCUGCAAAGGAUCAGUCACUUGUUCAGGACCUUGAACAGAAAGUUGCUGACCUUGACCUCAAGCUGAAGUUGCAGCAGGAAGAGAUUGAGUCUGAGUGUGAUCGUCAGAGGGAUGACUUGGAGAAAAAGCACCAGCUGCAGAUGAAGGAACUGGAGACUAGGCACAAAUUAGAGCUGCUGGACUAUGAGAAUAUGUUGGAACAGGGAGUGAGUGGGUUGCAAGGCAAAUUAAAGGAGGACUUUGAUGUGUUGGUGGAGCAGGGGAAGACAGAAGCUACAGAAACUGAAAGGGCGGCCAUGUAUGAAGAGCUGAGUAGGCAUCGGGGGGAGUUGGAGGCAGAGUGGAGGUCCAAGAUUGAACUUUUGGAACAGAGAGAAGUUGAGAAUGAAAGUGAGAGAAGAAGAAUACUCGAUGAACUGCAACAGAAAAAAACAGCUCUGGAGGAGGACAGUGUAGCACUUGAGAAAAGGAAGGCUGAUUUUGAUGUGGAGAGUCAUAAUAUCCUUGAUGAGUUAGAUCGUCAAGAAACUCUCUGUGAGCGUGCUAGAGAUGAGAUUAAAAAGAGGAGGCAGGACUUUGAGGAUGUAAAACAGAAACUUGAAGUUAAUCUUGAGACACAGCGACAAGAUCUGGAGAGAAGUCUUCAAGAUGUAAGAAAGAGACAGGAAGAGUUGGAAGAAGAAAAGGAAAGGCUUGAGGAGGAGGUCCAUCAGAGAAAGCAGGAGCUACAGGCAGAGCAUGAUCUUCUUGAGGAGAGUAAAGUUGAAUUAGAACAAAAAAAGGCUCAAUAUGAAAACAAUUUCAGUCAGGAGCAGGACAGUUUGAAUUCAGAUGUGCGAAAGAGACUGACAGCUUUAGAAGCUGAAGAAGCCCUUCUUAAUGACAAGAAGGAUAAGUUUGAGUCAUGGCAGGAGAAGCAAAUGGAAAAGAUGCAAGUGAAAGGAAAGGAAAUUGAGGCAUCAAUUCUUGACUUACAAGAACAGAAAGUGACAUUGGAAUCUGAGAAAGAGCAAACUCUUAAUAAUCUGAAUAAGGAGAGAAGCCUACUGAAAGAGGAGCAGGAUAACUUGUUGGUGAGGCAAAGAGACAUUGAAAAGGAAUAUUCCUCUUCCCUCAAGGAGGUACAAGAACAAAGACAAAGGUUAAGUGAUGAAAAGGAUGAUCUUCUCCAGGGGCAGAGAGACUUUGAAAAGGAACAUGCAGCUGCUCAAAAGGAGUUCCAGACUCAGAGGGAUGCCCUUCAAAAGGCAGACCAGGAGAAGCUUGACAAAAGAAGACAGGAGUUGGACAGUGAUAAGACUUCAAUCAUGGAAGACCUUCAAACCCAAAAGGAGGAGGUGCGGGUUGAGAAGGAGAAACUGAUUCUGAGGCAGAAAGAGAUGGAGUUUGAACAUUCUGCCCUUGUGAACCAACUGAAGGUCCAGGAGGGUGAUGUUCAGAGAGAUAGGAUGUCAGUGGAGACCCUCACUGCUCAGCAUCAGGCCAGGGAACAGCAACUGAAGGAGGACUUUGAUCGGCAAAAGUACACAUUGUGCUCAUCAUAUGAGGAAGAGAAGACUGCUCUGAUAGAGAGGUACCAAGACGAGAUUCUUGACAUGCAGAAGCAGAUGUCUGUGAUCAGGCAGAAGCUGGAGGUGGAGAAGAGCCAGCUGGAGCAACUACAUCAGCAGGACCAGCUGGAGAGGGAGCAGGACUUGAGGGAGGAGCUGCAGACAGACUUUGUCCGGCAGAUUGAAGAACUACAGGACACAUUUGGUCUUGAGCGCCAAGUUCUGAAUGAGAAGAGUCAGAUGCUGGAAGGGGAGAUAACUGACCUGCAGUUGGAGCUGAAGGCGGAACAGGACCGUGGGAAGCAAGCAGAAGAACAACUCCAGUCCACUGUCAGCCGACUACAAAACCAACUGAAACAGGUUGAAGACAUGAGAGACAGCCUCCAGGUCAGACUGACGGAUGUGGAGCAGGAAAAGGCAGCCACAAAGAGCAGUCUGGAGAAACGGAUUGACGAGCUUCUCUCAGACCGGGAGAUGGCUGUGACAGCUGUGAGAGCAGAGGUGGUGGAAACGGCAAAUAAGACGCACUCCAUAGAGAAGGAGAAGGUGCAAGAAGAGAUGACACAGAUGACGUCCAAGAUGGACAGUCUGCAGGACCAGCUAACCAGGCUCCAGCAAGAGAGAAUUCAGCUUCUGGAGUACAAGGUGAAGUACGAGGAGUGUUACGAGGCCAAGCAGUCAUGUGAAGCUGAGAUCAGAGACCUCAAGCAAACUGUGGCAACACUGGAGACAAGGAUGAGCAUGAUACAAAACUGGGAGAGCACCCAGACACAACUGCUGAAAGAGCGGGACCAGCUUCAAUCCAAGGUCACAGAGCUGAAGGAGAAGCUCAAGUACUCUCAUGCUGCUUGCACAGAGACAGAAAAGUUGAAGGUUGAUCUGAGCAAUAUGAAACGUGAAAAGUCUGAGCUCCAGGAAAAGGUGAACUCUCUGAAGGAUCACAUCCAGGAGUCGAGACCUUCCAAACACAGGGAGGACAAGGAGCUUCACGAUGAGAAGAAGCUGCUGGAGAAAAAGUUACAGAAGGUGUCUGACAAGCUACUGGAAGCAAGCACGGCCCUGAGUGUGGCGCAGUCACGACAUCUACAGGAGAUCAGUCGAUGGAAAGACCGCACAAAGAACAUGGUGGAUCUGGAACAGUUCACUAAUCUCCAGCUUGGGCUCAUGGAGCAGCAGAGACAUAUGAAUGAACUUCAGGCUGCUAUACAGGAGAAGCUGGACCUCAUAGAAGACCUGAAGGAGGGCCACAAGAAGCGUGUGAAGCAGCUGGAGGCAGACAAGAAGGACCUGCACACCAAGGUGGAGUACUACCACAACCUCUUCAAGGAACAGGCCGAGAAACUCAUGACCACAUACGAGUCUCUGUCCGAGAGGAACAUGAUGGUCAAUGACCUUCACAUGGAGAACCUUCAGCUUGUCAGCAAGGUGAAGGUCACCGAAGAGCGGCAUCGACAAGCAGAAAAACGGUGUCUGCAUGUAGAGCGAAAGUGUGCAUCAUUACAGAAAGUCAUCAACCAGGCAUGCCAGAACAUUGCACAUGCCUAUGCAUGAUUACACUACAAAUUCUCUUGAAAUAUGUCACUUUGAGAAUGGACAUCCCCGUUUCCAGAGAUUAUUUUUAAAGAAAUGUGAUGAAAGAUACUUUUAUACUUUCUUAAUGGAAAGACAUUUUAUGCCUUAAUGACCUUGGCUGUGACCAUGAAAUGUGAUAAAGUGAAUGUGCCUCAUACAAGAUGAUGCCGGAUGCAGAGACAUUGUCAAUGGAUGCAGGUGCUUGUGUUGCAUGCUCCUGCUUCAAGACGACUACAAGUGAUACAUGAGAUUACCACUGGAACAGUGGACAGUUUGUGUUAUGUACAGUAUUGUUGUAACGACUUCCCUCAGGAAUAUCUGCCUGUUCUGCAGAUGUUUGUUGUAUCUGAGGAUAUGAGUGCCUUCAGUAGUAUUAUGUAGUGCUAACUGAUUCGUCUGUCCUGAAUACCUCAAUUACAGAAUGACCAUUGGAAUAUUCAUCCAAAUGUCAUCCAUUCCAGUGUGUGUCUAUGUGCCCGGGUUCUUUAUGUGUUACUUCUUCCUCCGAACUGUACCUGAACUGGAUCUUCCAUUGCCUGCCAUUUUACAGAUUAAUAAUUUUAGUGCUCCUCGAUCAUGUGUAUCUUUUAUUGAGAUUAUUACCUCACCUAGCAGAACAGGCUCAGACCUUGUGUGUGCAGACUGUGUUUGGGCACCAUGUUGUGACUGCUAUACUUUAGGAUAGAACCCCACACUCACUCACUCAUGCAUUCAAGGGUAGAUAUGUGUUUACAGGGUGUGAUAAACAUUCCGGUCAUAGUGUUUAUAUGUUUCUGAAAAUCUGUGAUUUUUGUCUGUAUGAGGAUAACAUCCUUGGCUACCUUCCUGCAUAAUAUAGAGUAAAUGUCUGCCUCAAUGUCAGAGAGAAGAUGCAGGGUCAUUUUAAGCAAAUAAUUUAUUCUCAAUGAUAGGGGAAGAAUGAUAUGAGUAUGGUUUUUUAUUAACCAAUCUGGUGCUUCUUGAAAUAGAUCUGAGGAUAUUGUACUUGAAGUAUUUUAUAUUUGAUUAAUUAGUGAUACACAUUCGAAAGCAAAGUUCUUGUCAUCAACUUCCAUGUCCAUCCAUUCACUAUCUGUAAACCUUUGUUCUCGUGUUCAUCACUCCAAAAGGUUUAUCAAACAAAUUACUUGCUGUGACAAUGUUAUGAAUUAUGUAUUGUAGUUUGUACACCUGUGAUGAGUCUGCUUGAAUUUAGCUAUGUCAUUCCCUGACAUGACAGCAUUCAUUUAUUUUUACUUGUAUAAGCGUUACCCUUUGUACACUGCCAAAUUAUUGUGACUCUUUACAUUCCAGGUCAGUAUGCAAAGGGUACAGAAAUUAGAUAUUUCUUUCACUUUCAAAUUGUAUUUAUUUAUGCAUUAGUUCAAAUUCAGAAUUGAUGUUGACCUGAAUUGAGUCCAUGGCACACAAUCAGAAAAAUAUUAAAUAUCAAGUUUCAAAAUUUCACAAAUGUAAUGGUUUUGUUCACCAUUCAUUGCAUAAUUCAACAGGCUUUCUUAAAAUGAGGUCUCAAUGUCUUGUUUCAUGUAUAUCAAUUGUUAACAAUCAAAGAACUUUGCAUUUCAGUCAAAGUGUGUGAAACAACACAUACAGCUGGUCAAGAGAUUACCAGCGGGAUGUUGCUGGAAUAUUGCUAAAAGCAGUGUAAAAACCAUACUCACUCACUCACUCAAGAGAGACUAUAAUAUGACUCAAUUAUUUGUAAACCACAAGACCUCUUGCCAGAGCAGAAGUAGCAUAGCAUCACAUUGAUUCUUAGAUAGUUAAAACCAUGCAUCUGAAAGACUUAAGCAUUUUGCAUGUACAGUGAAACAGAACUGACUAAUGCCUUGAACUCUAAAUUUCAUUUUGAAACAGUGGCACCUGCGGGAUAUCUCCAAUUGGCACUCACUUUGUCCUGAAACUAUGGGCACCAAGAUAUAUUCCCUGAAAUUCAAGUUUAUAUGGGGAGGUGGGGUAGCUUAGUGGUUAAAGUCUUUACUCAUCACACCGAAGACCCAGGUUCAAUUCCCCUCAUGGGUACAAUGUGUGAAGCCCAUUUCUGGUCUCCCCUGCCAUGAUAUUGCUAGAAUAUUGCGUAAAGCAGCGUAAAACUAAACUCACUCAAGUAUAUAUGUUCACUGUACUGCAAUUUAGAUGCUGAUGAUGGUUUGACACAUACGAUAGCUUGGGUAUUUUUCUUAAAGAAUCGCAAAUGAAUAAUGCUCCACAAUGUGUAUGAUUUAAAAAGUUUUUCUAUCCCCACAUGUAUGUUAAUUAAACCACAUGUAAAUGAGAAAAGAUGCAGCAUUUAUCAAAUGAUUAAAAUGAAUAUAUUUCAUCUUCUCAUGAUGCACACAUCUUAUAACUGCUGUCUGUUGACAGAAUCUCUGAGGUAAUUAUGUUACUUGAGAAUCAAAAUGUUAUGGUGCUAUUACUAUCUUUAUAUUUCCUCGUUUUAAUGUUUUGUAUAUAUGCAUGUAAUAAUUUGUAAGUUUGUAUUUAGCUGAAUUCACACUAACAAAUUUUAAUUUGAGUGUUAAGUGGGAUGUUAAGGAAGUUAUUUAUCUGUCAAGUUACUACUUAUAUGAUAAAUUAUAUUUUCUUGUCAGGCUUGGUUUGCUUGUCUUGUUUUAAUUAUUUUCUGGAAAUAUAUUUAAUAUACAUAUACAUUACAUGAUAGUAAAUCAAUUACUGUAAAUCAUGAAAUUAGAGCAAAAAUAUGAGUGUCUCUUGCUUGCAUAAAUGAAGUGACACAAGCUUCUGUGGACAUAUUGGAGUGUAUCAUCAUGUCAGGUUCACUAGGCCUGGCCGGAAACAGUGGUAAAUAUAACAAAGGUUACAACAAAUAAAGUAAUUGAGUAUUAGAUGUAAUCAGUGGUUCCUUGUCAAGUGUGAUCAGUUUACACAAAUUUCUGAAGCUUUUAUGCCAGUCACAACCAUGACCAUGUUCUUCAUAACCUGUCAAAUAAUCUGAUUGCUUUUAAUUGCAAGCAGGGCAGUGGGGUAGCCUAGUGGUUACAGUGUUCGCUUGUCACACCGAAGAUCAGGGUUCUAUUCCCCACAUGGGCACAAUGUGUGAAGCCCAUAUCUGGUGUCCCUGCUGUGAUAUUGCUGGAAUAUUGCUAAAAGCGGCGUAAAACCAUACUCACUCACUUUAAUUGCAAGCAAAACACUGCUCACCUACACAGUGAACAUUUCUGGUUAAGCAAAAGCUGUAAUGGUGAAUACACAAAUCUCAUUCACACGGAUUUCGGCAACAUUUGUAACAAUAGCUUGAAUCUGUUUUAUCUUUGUCGGUGACCUGACCAAUGUGAUUUGAAUAUGAGGUUAGUAAUCUGUUGUUGAUUUCAUGUUGACAGGUGAAGUUGGUGUUAUCAUUUCCUGAUUAGUUUUUGUAACUGAGGCACAGUUAAUUGCAUUAAUUUCAUGAAACAUUUAGGCUAGGGGUUAAGAUUCCCAUUAUUUGGGUGUUGCAUUAAUUUCAUGAUUGACAGUAUUUACAUGUUCUGCAUAAGAAUUGAGUUAAGUAUAUAAUGUGAUAAUGUAUGAAAAGAAGCUGAUAAAGAAUCAAUAGAUGACUUUAUAAAAUGAUGCAUUUAUAUUAGGACAUAGGACUUAACAUGUAUGGGUUGUAAUUAACAUGUAGGAUUUUGUGUUGUUUUACUAGCAUAAUAUGUGUUGGCAUUUACAGUCACAUCAUAUCAUUAUGGUUUAUUUAAGAGGGAAGGAAAUGAAUGUGUUUAACCAUGUGUUGUCAAAUUUAUGUGACUCAUGUUUAAAAUUUUUGUGAACGAUGAAUGAACAUAGACAAUCUUAUUCAAGGUGGUUUGAAAUAAUGACAAAUUGUAAGGAUAACAAAUUGAUGAAUUUCAUAAGAGUGACAUUUCGAUACAGGUUCUUGAACCAUUGCCAAGCACUCCAGUCUGGAAUGUAACAUGAUAAAAGGAGGUGGCAUUGAAUUGAACAAGAUUAUGUAUGGAAACAUCACACUUACGCUUAGUAAAAAAUAAGUUGUUAUAACUAGAAUUUGUCAUUAUUGUACUUCCCAACUUCUAGAAUGCCAUUCAAUGAAUUAGUGUAACUAACUUUUCAAGUUUCAAACCUAGCUGAACUUAAUACUGUUACACAUGGAAAAUGAUACACAUAUACCUACAUUUUUGAAAUAAGGAAAGUUUAAGAGUUACAGUUAUUCUUAUUUAUUGUAUAAUUGGAGUAUAUUUUGUCUCACUGAUUUACCCGAACAUUACUUUAUGUGUUUAGGGUCAGGAAUUGAGUGAGAUAUAUAGAUGGAUAAAAAACAUAAGAUUUCACAGCCCUUUGAUAAAAUAAAUAUUGCAAGAAACUAUCACUAAUUUGUCUUCAUCCAUUCUCUGUUAUCAAGUGUUUGAGUCUGUUAUGCUGAUAUGCCACACUGCUACUAGACUGUGACAGUCUGCUGUUGAUUUUAUACCUGUAAUCAAGGCCUGUAAAGAAACAAAAUAAAAGUGAGAUAUAUUUA